AUUUCCGCGACAGUCGAGUCUCGUCCCAAACAAGAUGGCGGCGCACAGUGGCGACAAGCGUGGUCUGGAACACUUAGACGAAUAUGAACCCAAACCAGCCAAGCGGUUUCAAAGACUUCACGAACGAAUAACCGAGAAGAGGCUUAUUGUUGUCCUUGAGGGGGCGACGCUAGAAACCGUGAAGGUGGGGAAGUCGUUUGAAUUGCUGAACUGCGACCAGCAUAAGAACAUGAUCAUUAAAGAUGGAAGAGAUCCCGGGUCCAUCCGACCCGAUAUCACACACCAGUGCCUGCUCAUGUUGAUGGACAGUCCGUUGAAUCGUGCCGGACUACUGCAAGUCUACAUUCACACGGAGAAGAACGCCCUGAUUGAGAUCAACCCUCAAACGCGCAUUCCUCGUACCUUUGCCCGCUUCUGUGGAUUAAUUGUCCAGCUUCUGCACAAGCUGAGCGUGAGGGCGGCCGACGGGUCGCAGCGUUUGCUUCGGCUCAUUAAAAACCCGGUCUCAGAUUAUCUGCCUCCUGGCUGUGCACGCAUUGCCACUUCCUUCUCUGCACCUGGAGGAGCUGUGUGUCCCAGGUCUCUAGUCCCUGAGGACGGUCCUGCCACUGUGGUGGUUGGGGCAUUUGCACAUGGAGCAGUAAAUGUGGAUUAUACUGAGAAAACUGUGUCCAUCAGUAAUUAUCCUCUGUCUGCAGCCUUGACAUGUUCCAAAUUAUGUUCCGCUUUUGAAGAAGUUUGGGGUAUUUUAUGAUGAAGCAAGCUGGAGUGUUCGUUGUGUCACUGAGAGUGGAUCAAGCAUUCAUUCUAUAUGUGUGGUUUUUGGGAAAAUGCAUUCUCAGUUAUCACAAAUACAUUUUGAGCAUACUGAAGUCUGACCCUUAUCAGGGUGGGAACAGGCUUUCUUGCUCAGUUGUAAUGUUUGUAUAAUCUACUUCAAAUUGUUUUGUAAAAGACCAUUAAGCUUUCCACAAAAUGCAGUUUUCAUCUUUUCUACUCUUGGUUCCUUUUAUAGUGUGUAGUACUGUUUACAAAAUAUCUUUACAGAACAAGCUAUAAACAAUGUUUUCAAAUUGUUGAUUUUUUAACUGCACAGUACAUUAAAAAAUUAUUGUAAACAUUGAAUUAGUUUUGGGGUAAAACCAGGGUCUUCUGGAGGGGAUGAAUAAUAGCUGCGUUUCUGCUAUUAACGCAGGACAAAUGUGGCAUGAUGGGAAAUAUGAAAUACGGAGCCUGCAUGUACAUGUUGGUUCAGUUCACAUGUAUACAAGUAAAUCAAGAUUAAAGCACAAUAUAAGUAAUCUGAGUAAGUUGCAAGGGUUGUGAGAAUGCCGUGAACUGUCUUAAUCUAUUCUGAUGUCGUACCUUCAUAUAUGGUGACUUACAGUGCUGGAUACGCCACACUAAACUCAUUUACUUAUGUAUACCCUAGGGUAAUGUCACACAUUUGCACGCAGCUGUGAGCAAUUUACCUGAACCACAUUCCUUUUGACUGUGCAAGGAAACCGGAGCACCCAGAGGAAACCCACACAGACAAUGGGAG